CGACGUAGGUUCAUUUAAAAGAAAAAAGAAAACCGACAGUCCUCAACCUCGUCCCUGUCAGCUAUUCUUUAGUCUGCAACUCUUGCCCCGCCGGAAACUAUGGACUUGCCGGCAUCCCUCAACCCUUUCGGCCCUUCCUAUACCUAGCUCGCACGGUCGAAUCAGGGGCACCGGAUCCUACAGACCCCUGCAGAUCCGCCCCUGCAGACUCUAUAGAAUAAUGGAUUUGGGAGAGAAGCUUCAGAUGCUCUUAAAGCAGACCUCUUUGGGCAGUGAUAUGGGACUUCGCCUCUUGUGGCUUAUUCUACACUUUUUCAUCAGUUUAUGGUACUUUUUAUUAGGAAUAGCCCAUACCCUUGAGAGCGCUCUUAUAUCAAGUGGCUUCUUGAAGAGUUACCAUGCUCUAAAUGUCAACAAGAUCCGGCACUUAGCAGUUGUUAUUGAUAGUGAAGAAGCUCGUGAAACUUCAAAAGUCCUUGAACUUUUAGAAUUUCUUGCAAAUAUUGGCGUGAAAAGCAUCUCCCUCUAUGACAGUGAAGGAGUGCUUAAGCAGGCCAAGGAAGCAAUCAAGGAGGAACUGAAUCGAACAAAAAUUUCUCAGGGUUAUUCUUUGCCCAUUCCACUUCUACAAAAAUAUACAAAUCUGGAGUUUCUGUCAUUAGCUGAUGGAAAACAAGCACUGGUCAAAGCUGCUAAUUUCCUCUUUGUCAAGCAUUAUUCUGGCACAAAAUUGGGGAAACACACUUUUACUGAGUCAGACAUGACUGAUGCAUUGAGAGUUAUUGGUUGUGGGGGGGCAGAUCCCGAUCUCUUGCUAGUUUAUGCUCCUGCAAGGUGCCACCUGGGUUUCCCACCGUGGAGACUACGGUACACAGAGAUUGUACAUAUGGGGCCGCUCAAGUCCAUGAAAUUUGGAUCCCUUGUGAAGGCAAUUUAUAAGUUCACAAUGAUUCGUCAAAACUAUGGCAAAUGAACCAUUUCAGAUGGACCCCAGCCCAAGCACUUCCCUGUGCAGCUGUAUUAACAAGAAGACGAUGUACACAAAACCUCUUCCCAUCGGUAGAAACUGCAAAGUGACGGAUGCAUGCUUUAUUGUUUUUGCAGUUUUGUAAUUUAUGUGAAAUGUAGUGAGCAUACAUGUAAGAUGACAUCACCGACAAUUAGUAACCCCCCUCGUCAUAUACACAGUUCUUUAUACUUGUUAUAAAAAUAUAAUUUCUUGUGUUUAAUAUAGUGGAGAAACAUGACGAAAAAUACCUCAUUUAUUGCAUAAUAAUAUCGUUGAUGGGCAACCAAUUCAAUGGAGCUUCCAUGUGGACCCUGUUUAGAACAUCUUCGAUGCCUCAAUGUACAUCAUACACAUAUUUAAAAAGAUACACAUAAGUAUUAG